AUGAGCAAUAGGGCAUCCGGAACCUUUCCAAGCCAAACAGAGGUGAAUCCAAGGCAUCAAGAGCAUGCUAAAGCAGUACACAUCUUAAGAAGUGGUAAACAAGUUGAUAACAAGGUUGGAGAAGUCAAUGAAGAGCAAGAAGAUGGAGAAAAUGUGGAGAUCAUUCAGCCACCACAUGGGCAGCCCACAGCUUCCAACAAACAGUCCCUCAAUCCUUCUGGAAAGAGCACAAACCCUAAGGUGCAAAUCAACAUCUCAUUGCUCAAUGCCAUUGCUCAGAUUCCAAAGUAUGCAAAAUUUUUGAAGGAUCUAUGCACUAACAAGAGGAGAUUCAAAGAGCAUGAACAAGUUGCAUUGAGUGAAGAGGUAAGUGCAGUGUUACAAAGAAAGCUACCUCCAAAGCUAAAGGAUCCAGUUAGUGAUUUUAAGUUUGAAAAAGCUUUGCUUGAUCUUGGUGCUUCUAUAAACCUUAUGCUAUAUCAUGUUUAUGACAAACUUAACCUUGGUGAGUUGCAAGCCACAUCUGUGAGCAUUCAAUUAGCAGAUAGAACUAUUAGGUACCCUAAGGGCAUUCUAGAAGAUGUUUUGGUGAAAGUGGAAGAGCUAAUUUUGCCAGCAAAUUUCUUGGUGUUGGAAAUGGAAGAAGCACCAAUUCAUGACAAUCAGUUACCAUUCAUUCUAGGUCGGCCAUUCAUGGCAACUGCCGGUGCUAUUAUUGAUGUGAAGAAGGGUACAUUGACCAUGACUGUGUUUAUUGAGACAAUAGCAUUCAAAGUGUUUGAAGCCUCCAAGUUUCCAAGUGAUGAGCAUGAAGUUUUCUAG